UCGUGCUUGAUUGUCUACUUGAUGCAAGAUUAUAGAGAAGGUUGUUUCAAAAGUAUUUCAUCCGUUCGCUUGUUAAAAUUGUCUCAAAGGCUUUCUUAAUGAAUAGUUAAAGGUUUUGGUCGAGCUUUACUGUCAUGUGAGAUAAUUGUAUCUCUAAAAUGGCGGGGUUUUUGAACACAGCAGUUGCACAACCCAAGCAGGAUGAUAGUACAUCAAAGGUGUUWUUGAUGCAGAGUGAUGAGGGGAUAAAAGAACUGGAAAACUUAAACCAGAUUGAUGUGCAUCUUAUUGGAGGAAUAGAUGUUGAUGUGUCAAAGCAUUAUAUUAAAGGUCUUGUAUUGACAGCAUAUCCAUCUUAUGCAACAAAGAUACGUAAAACAAAGAAAUUGGUUUUGAGCUGCAAUUCACAACAUUCUUCAUCCCCAGAAAGUGCACAUUCUGUCUCAGUCUUUUUAAUUGGUGACRAUGUCAAUAACUAUGAUGUUUUAAAGCCCAAUGACGUAAUAAUAAUCAAAGGGUUUUCAUUUGAGAAGCCAAUUUCUGAUGGUCAAAAUGUUCAAAUUCUUGUCAAUCUACGAGAUCCUGAGGCAAAAAUAUGGAUUGUAAGAAGUAAUGAUACAUCAUCAUCAAAACCUAAGCAAGCUCAGGGAACAGAGGUUUCAGUGUCUGAAAUAAAAAGAAGGACAAAAAGUGACAGAAAUGUUGAGUCAGAUGCCAAUAAAAAGCUUCAGAGAACUGAAUCAGAAGAUGCCACAAGCAAAGAAAAAAACUCAAAUGCACCAAAUGAGCUGCAAAAAGUCCUUGUUGCUGGGGGCAAGAAGUUGCGAAUUAUCCAAAUGCCCCCAAAAAUGCAUUACACAAAGUUAGCAGACUUACAAGAAAACACAAAUGAACACAAGAUUGUGAAUGUUUUUGGGAUCGUUAAGUAUUUCAAGAGUCCCAAAAAGUCAAAGGGAAAAGACUAUUGCAUGGUUAUUAGCCUCGUGGACGAUUCUUUUGCCUCAGCAGAGGAGAGUUUUGUUUGCAUUGUCUUUGCUCCUUCAGCAGAACAGUUACCUGCUAUCAAGCAUGUUGGGGAUAUUGUUAGGUUUGAAGGGAUCAAUGUCUCUAAGUUUAAUGGGGCUGUCAAUGGAUCAGGAAAUUCCAGGCACUCAUUCAAAUGGCUGGUUUUCGACGGCUCUGUUGAAGCAUCAAUGAUACCAUCAUCAUCAUCAUCAUCAUCAUUGGCUUCUAACACCCAAAAGUUAUGUGAAGAAGAAAAGAAGACAAUACGAAAUCUAAAGACAUGGGCUUCUUUAAAUAUCAAAGUGCCUCCUAAAAAAAACUUAUCCCAAAUCAUUCAGGAAGAGUUAUACUUCGACAUAUCCUGCCAAAUAGUUUCAGUCUCUAAGGCCACAAAUGCCAGCUGCAUGGUUUUAAAAGUUUGGGAUGGAACUUUCCCACAAUGUCAGUCCAGUCCUGUUGCUGAAAUUAAGAAAGGAGAAUCCACUGUGAGUGGUGAUGAUGCUGUAAAGGAUGUUCCUGAGAGACUGACCAUUGAUAUUUAUCUCUAUGAUGAGCACUCUUAUUCAGCUGUGGCUCCUGGUGAUUUUGUUACUCUGGUUAAUGUUCAUUCAAUCCCCCCAAACCCCCAGGUUGGAGACACGCAUACGAUAGCAUUCAUCAUGCAUAAGGGUACCAUUAAUGGUAGAGGUGUGACAAAACUGUUAGGAGACAGUCGGGAAUUCAAAGAGCUUCAGGAACAAAUUGCAUCUUCUAUUAGCAGCAGAAACCAAGUGAAAGAACCUGCAGAACAGCAACAAACUGGCAGUAAAACAGAAAAUGCAGCAGCUAACCUCCCGAGAACACUACAAACUUCUUGUACCAUUACAGACUAUCCCUCUAUACCUUUCACUAGCGUAGAAGCAUUAAAACAAUGCUCCAAGGUUCCAAAUAAAUUUAGGUGCAGAGCCAAAGCAAUGGCAUUUCUUCCUCAUGAUGUCAAGGACUUUGUUCAGAGGUGCUGUAGCAGUUGCAAGACUCUUUCACAAGUAGAUCCUUUAUCUGGGAAACACUGUCAAGAAGCAACUACUGAAGUGCUCGAAAAGCGAGUUGGAGAUAAAACUAACAAAGAAAACCAGAAAACGACACAUGUUUUUGAUAAAAAUGAGGUUCCUAACAGUCAAGAAUAUUGUGUUGAGUGUUUUGGGGAAAAAAGUGAGUUACGAACAGUUGAGUGUUCAGUGUGCCACCAAGAAACCCAUUUAGUUUAUGUUUUUUCCUUACUCAUCGAAGACCCAACGGGGAUUCUUCAUGUCAUGUUAUUUGACAGCGAUGUCACAGAUUUUCUCUCUGAUCUCCCGACCCCUGAGGAAUUCCUAAGAAACCCCGAAGCUCAAAACAUGGUUCGUGACAGUUUGGUGUCCAUCACCGACAACCACACCAAUGAACUGACAGCAGAGAGCCAGCCUGAAGGAUGCAGGCCUUGGAUGGAAUGUUGCGUUAUGUCUUAUGUGAUUGAUCAAGUUGUGUUUUAUCGUAUGUUUGGAACAACGCUAAUAUGACUGAAAUUAAGCUUUCAAAAUGCAAGCUUAAGAGUACACAGCGGUGGUAAGGUGGUGGGGGAUCUCCGCACAGUUUACGACGAUUAAAAAAAAUUAGUAGAAUCACAGAUCAAAGAAACUAAAAAAUAUUUUUCCUGUAAUAAAUCCCGAAAAUUGAAAAAAUCGCAAUCACGAUUUAACGCGAAUAAUCCUUGCCUCCCCAGCAAUAGCAGUAAAUUGACAAUCACUCGUUCAGGCCCGUAGCUAGGAUUUUUGUUGGGGGGGUGCUAAUUUACAAAAAGUGGACCAACCAUAUACUUUAUUUUUUUAAAGUCCCAUAGGACGCAUAGGUAUAGAUAAAUUAUUAAAGUAAAAUUGAUUUUUUUUACUUAGUUUUACGUGAAAAUAUCAUACCAGCCAAAAUCUCACUUGCUUAAAAAGCGGACCUUUAGCUCGCGUGGUGGGGGG